AAUUGCUUUCGUAUUUUCAUUCGUCGUUUGUCAACUAUCAUCUGCAUAACGCGCUCGCUUUCACUUCGGGCUGUUAGACUGCUGUCGUUAAGCUUAAAAAGUCUGUAUUUUUCUGUUCAUAACUAAAAUAAAAUGGGCUCAUCCGAUAAGAAACAACAGAAAGUUCAAUCCUCCGGAUUUACCAAGGAAGAAGAGCUGUUACUCCAAGAUUUCAGCCGCAAUGUGAGCACAAAAUCAUCGGCACUUUUCUAUGGCAAUGCCUUCAUCAUCUCCGCCAUCCCCAUAUGGCUUUUCUGGCGUGUCCACAACAUGGACUUGUUGUCCAGUGCCAUCUUCUUCAUUCUUAUGACUGGUGCAAGCACCUACCUAAUGGCAAUGGCCUAUAAGAACAUUAAAUUCCAACUGAAGCACAAGAUUGCCGUGCGCCGCGAAGCUGCUGUUACCCGUGAGAUUAACCGUCAAAUGGGCGACGAUAAAAAAGUGACCCGUAAAGAAAAGGAAGAGCGCAUCUUGUGGAAAAAGAACGAAGUAGCUGACUAUGAGGCCACCACCUAUUCCAUCUUCUACAACAAUGCCCUGUUUUUGGCCAUCACCAUCUUCAUUAGCUUUUUCUUGUUGAAGAACUCUGCUCCUUUGGUGAACUACUUCUUCUCCAUUGGCCUGGCUAGUGGAGCCUUGGCACUUUUCUCCACCAGCACGCAAUCCAAUUAAGCGACGUGUCGAUGUAGACUUUAGUUAUAAAUUUAAUAUGUAGAGAUUAUCAUGCUGAAGUUCGGUCCUUUUUUUACCCUGUUGCUAUUAAAUUAAAUCAUUCAUUUUUUGUAUUACGAAGCAUGUACUUUCAUAAGAACGUAAUUCCAUGUUUUUGCCUGUGGCAAGAACCAAGUGAACUGUACUGAAAUAUUUCUUCUAAGGAGAACACGAAUAAAAUGACAAAAUCACAAACAAAAUAAA